UCGGAGCGAUAGGGUUGUGUACAUAGUUUUCAACGUUUUUUAUUUUUUCAUAGCACCUAAUCUGGAUUUUAAUAAUUUAAAUACGUUUUCUUGCUAAAAUGAUUGUCUUCACAACAGCUUAACUAAAUAAAUAAUAGACAUAAGAUGUCUCAAGUAUAAAACUACAAAAUGGUUUAUGAAACUGUACCUCGAACCGUACGUAUACUUCUUCUAGGCGAGCCAGGAGUUGGUAAAACAUCACUUAUUUUAUCGUUAGUGACUGAAGAAUUUACAGAACAUGUGCCUCCAAAAGCUGAAGAAAUAACUAUACCUGCUGAUGUAACGCCAGAACAAGUUCCAACCAAUAUUAUUGAUAUUUGUAUUCCUGAACAAUCUUUGGAACAAGUUGCUGAAGAGAUAGAAAGGGCACAUGUAAUAUGCAUAGUAUUUUCAGUGGAUAGACAAGAGACUUUAAAUAAAAUAGCCACCUACUGGUUACCAUUUGUAAGAGAUAAUUGCCCAGAAGAUUAUAGAAAGCCUGUUAUUCUCGUCGGAAAUAAGAUUGAUUUGAUUGAUUACUCAGUGAUUGAUAAUAUAUGGGAUAUAGCAGAAGAAUAUCCAGAGGUGGACAGAUGUAUAGAAUGUUCUGCGAAAUCUCUAAUAAAUGUAUCUGAAAUGUUUUACAAUGCACAAAAGGCAGUUCUGCAUCCCAUCAAUCCUAUUUAUUCCAUAGAAGAACAAGAAUUAACGGAAAAGUGCAAAAAAGCAUUAUCUAGGAUAUUUAAAAUAUGUGAUUUGGAUGGUGAUGGCUUACUUGAUGAUUAUGAAGUGACAAUAUUUCAAAAAAAGUGUUUCGAUUCGCCUUUGCAAUUACAGGUUUUAGAUGAAGUAAAGUCAGUGAUUGCUCAAAAUGUCGCUGGUGGAAUUGAAAAUGAUUGUAUAACAAUAAAGGGCUUUAUUUUUUUACAUUGUUUAUUCAUACAAAGGGGAAGAAAUGAGACAACUUGGACAGUUUUAAGGAAAUUUGGUUAUGAUGAAAGUCUAGAAUUGACACCCAGCUAUUUGUAUGCAAGUAUAAAAGUACCUGUCGGAUGUACCACCGAAUUAUCGUACAAAGGACAACAGUUUUUGACGCAAUUAUUUGAAAAGUACGACAAAGAUAAAGACGGCAUGCUAAAUCCGACAGAAUUAAAAAAUGUAUUUUCAUGUUGUCCGAGAAUACCCUGGCACAAUUUGAGGUACACUGUACCGACGAAUGAAAAGGGCUACUUAACACUUCAAGGUUGGAUGUGCCGAUGGACACUCAUGACGUUACUGGACUUACAGAACACUAGUGCAUAUUUAGCGUAUCUUGGAUUUAAUUUUCUUGAGAACGAGUCACAAAAAUUAGCAAUACAUAUAACACGCGAGAAGAAAAUCGACAUAGCGAAGAAACAGUCUAGUCGUAAUGUCUAUCAGUGUCACGUUAUAGGUCCCCGGUCAUGUGGGAAGACGUCGAUUUGUAGAAGCUUUCUCGGAAUAGGACAUAAGAAAAUAAAAGCACACGCAAAUGAACGGGGAGAUGGCAACAAUACAGAUAAUUGUUGCAUUAACACAGUAUUAGUUUACGGACAAGAGAAAUAUCUGGUAUUGAAGGAAAUACCCAUAACUCGAGUGUCGGAUCCUUUACAGCCGCAUGAAGUGAACUGCGACGUGGCGUGCCUCGUGUACGACGUUGGAGCCAGUCGUUCGUUCGAAUACAUUGCUAGGAUUUAUAUUAAAUAUUUCGCGGAAAGUCAUAUUCCUGUCCUUAUUGUUGGUACAAGAGGAGACGCACUAAUCGCCAGACAGGAAUAUAUACUACAACCUGAAAUGUUUUGCAAUAAGUACCAGCUGCUAUCGCCUCAUUUUUUUUUCAUCAAAGAAAAUAAAAACGAUGUCUUCGUUAAAUUAGCAACAAUGGCCGCAUUUCCUCACUUUCAAGCUGCUUGGAUUUUAUUCAGCAAACGCAGACAUUUGAAGCAUUUCGCAAGUCUUUCUGGAGAGAACUCAUCUUGGUGGAAAGCUGGUAUUGGAGUUGCAGCUGCAACUGUUGUGGGCUUCGUUCUUAUCAAGAUAUUUAGCUUCCAGAAACGAUAGAUUUAGUUUACUGCCACUGUUGACCUUAAAAAUUAUUUAAUGUAUAUAAAUGGAGUAAUAUUGAAAUGCAUUAUCUUUGAUAUGUAGAUACUUACCAAAGAAUUUGUUUGCAGUUUUUUGUUGAGAAUAAA